UUAUUCUGCUUCUUUGGUUUACUCGUUUGCGACACUACUGGGUGAGCCGUAAACAUGCCAAGAUGCCGAGUCCCGUGAGCGAGGGAGUGAUUGCACCUGAAACGCAACAUCAAUUGUACAAAUCAUCAAAUACCAACGACAACUUUCCAACUUCUGAUCCAUGGCAAUUGGUCACUUCCGGAUACCGUGCGCAACAACCCGGGGAGGUGUAUCCCUACGCAUUUUCCAAUCAGCAGCUCACCUCGUUUGAUCAGGGUCGAUCACAUUUCAGCGCCCCUGAUUCUUCUGGUCUAUAUGCAUUUGGACUUGGUUCACAUAGACUUGUGAAGGAACCAUAUGUAGCCGCUACUUAUAGGCCCCAACUCAGCAACAUUCCACGUGUACAAGCGGCAGUGCCAGCAUCAAGUUCACAACAGCCACCCUUAUGGUCCGCAUACACUUUAGGCGAUUUGAGCUCUGUGGACAGCACUGGGAGUACGUCUCACCUCUAUUCUGGUCUACGCACCGCCGCUGUAGAACGGAAACUCGCACGUGCAUCCAAAAACAAGGGAUCGAAUGGGAUAGGUUCCAUACGAUCCGGUGGAGGGCGCAUCCGUGACAAGUUCCGUUCGAAUGUGCACAAAGCCACACUUGUAUCACAGCUCCAUCUGUCACACCUACGCGGUAAAUGGCCGUCGGGUGCUGCUGUAACUGGCUCGAAACAUUUAGGUUUGGUGGACAAUGUGGAUGAGCUGGGUUUCAACAUUCGUCACACAGUCGGUGGUGCUGGUGAAGGUUACUGCAACAUGAAUGUGAUUCUGACAAGUUUUUUGACCAAUGCCGAUUUGAGCUUGGGUGCCGCGAGGUCGGAAGUGCAUAGACAACGUCGGGUGGAGCAUGAUCGCAACGGUGCCUUCAUAUCUCUGUUUCCACCAGUGAAGAAUAUUCGUUUUCCGACACCGGGGCCCCCAGUGACCGGUUGGGCCCACUUAUUCUCCAACCUGGAGGACACCAACGUGCAGUCGACCGUUGUUCCUGAAGAAGCACCGCAAACUGUCUACGUAUUUCACAGUAGCAAACAGAGGGACUCUUCAUCUCAUGUUGACAAUAAACUGCCAUCGGUAACGGCAACAAUAUUUCAUCCCAUUCCGUACACCGAACCGUUCCGAUGGCAAUUCGGUCAAGAAGAUCUAGCCACUACGUUUCCAUCAUCAGUUUUGGUUCCUCGACGCCAAUCACAAAAUGGACCGAAAACAAGACAGAUGUCAGGCCCAAGUAGCGUGGGCGCCAAAAAAUUACCUCAUAUCAACGAACUUCUGCUUCGGCGAAGACGUCAACUUUUGCAACUUCCAGUGCAACUCUAUCUGGUGCCGAGUAGCAGGUUAACAACACAUUGA